AAAUUAUUAAAAAAAGCUCGAGCAACUCUUUUCAGACAAUAUAAAAACCCAAAUCUCCACGACAUUCCUUGCUCAUCUAACUACCUACGAGCUUGAGAUGGACGUCCAGACUGAAUCUCGCUCCACCUUCAAUCUACCGUCCAUCUCGCCAUUCCCAUUCUCCUUGAAGGUCGACUUCCAAUCGACGGCCAUGAUCGGAUCUACCGAACUCCAACCCACGACUGUGAUCCACCGAGAUCCGGAAUCUAAAUCGACGGUUUCGAUGAUCGAAGGCGAUGCUCCACAAUGUGCCCAGUUCCGAAAGACGGCCGCAUUGAAGGUGCAGAAGGUUUACAGGAGUUAUCGCACUCGGCGCAGAUUAGCGGACUCCGCUGUUGUCGCCGAAGAACUCUGGUGGCAGGUUAUCGAUUACUUCCGUUUGAAUCAUAGCACGACUUCCUUCUAUGAUGACUUGAAUCCAGAAUCCCCACACUCCAGAUGGAACCGAGUUAGUUUAAAUGCUUCCAAGGUUGGAAAGGGUUUAUCGAAAGAUGAGAAAGCUAAGGAGUUGGCUUUCCAGCAUUGGAUCGAAGCUAUUGAUCCACGGCAUCGGUACGGGCAUAACUUACACAAGUACUUCAAAGAAUGGUGUAAAGGCAAUGCUGGUCAGCCAUUCUUCUACUGGCUGGACAUUGGAGAUGGCAGAGACAUUGAUCUCAAGGACUGCUCGAGAACUUUGCUCCGACAACAGUUCAUUAAGUAUCUUGGUCCUAAAGAAAGAGAGCGUAAUGAAUACAUAAUUUUUGAGGGGAAAAUUGUCCACAAACAGACCGGAGAGUUAAUCGAUACGAGUAAAGGAUCUGAUGGGUGCAAAUGGAUAUUUGUGAUGAGUACGUCCAAAAGGCUCUAUGCUGGUGAGAAAAAGAAAGGGACAUUUCAUCAUUCCAGUUUCCUUGCGGGAGGUGCCACUUUAGCAGCUGGAAGAUUCAUUGCUAAGAAUGGGAUGCUUAAGGCUAUCUGGGCAUACAGCGGACAUUACCGUCCGACUGACGAGAAUAUCAACAGCUUCUUGAGCUUUCUUAGAGAAAAUGGAGUCAACCUCAAUGAAAUCCAGAUACAUUCGUCAUUCGACGAAGAUUACUGUGAAGAUGGCAAAGCAGUUCAAGAGAAGAUGGCUGAUGUCCCCACAAUUACACAAUCUCCCCAACAUGAAAUUCCCUGUGCUACCGCUGAAGUCAUAGUACCUUCAGAACCAACUAAAGAUGCCCAUCAUGACAAAUUGCUAGUCGAUGAGAAUAGAGGCAGCUAUCUAAGGACACUAUCUGGCGGUCUCCAAAGCCCAAGAGCAGAGGUGCCUAAGAAAGCAGUAUUGCAGAGGAUAAACUCCAAGAAAGCUGUGAAGUCAUACCAGUUGGGGCAUCAACUGUCUUUGAAAUGGUCAACAGGAGCUGGGCCGAGAAUUGGAUGCGUUGCGGAUUAUCCACUUGAAUUGAGGGUACAAGCCCUAGAGUUUGUUAAUCUCUCACCAAGGGCCCCUCCCACGCCUUCAACUGCCCAGAAACUUGCUGCCUUGAUUCCUCCUACUUCCGCAUCAUCCAUGUGCUUGCAUGCCCAGUCUUCAUGAUGCUGAGAUAAGCUACUUCACCAUCUGAUCAGGCAUUCUGUUACUACCUUGUGGAUGCUUUUGCUGCAAUGCAUAUUCCUUACAUAGAGGUUCUCUAAUUCUACAUUUGUAUAUACCCUCCCAUAAUCCCAUUACAUGAGGCCACAUGUGCUGGUGUGGCACACUUGUGCAGGGGAUCCAAGUCAUCCAUAAGGUGAGAGAAUCAAGCAAGUUCGCUCAUCAGGUUCGCCAUGUGUACAUGCCAGUAACCAAUGUUUAAUGUCUGUUCCUACCUGUUGAAUGGAUUAGAUUGAUAUGUAGGUCUGGGCAUGCAUGCAAUGGGACCCACCUGAUGGAUGGCUUGGAUCUUGCUACAUGUGCGAAGUUGGCACAUGUGGCCACUUGUGGUGGGCUGGAUCUACUCGUGUGGAACUAGCAAACCUUGUCUAUCAUCAUUUCUUCAUGGGAUUUUGGCAAAUUGCUAAGAUGGUUGGGGUCACACAGAACUGGUGUAUUGAAGCCAGGAUUUCAAUGGAAAGAGUUUGUUUUUUCUUGUCUUUUGGAUAUCAAUCGAAUUUUUUUGUUUUGUUUUUUUUUUUUUUUUUUAGUUAUUGAGAAACUGAAUGAAUAAUUUCCACAAUUGGGAAUCUGUAAGAAUUUAUCCACCUUAGCGCAAUUGAAUUUGCCACUGUCAA